AUGUAUACGCCCACCUUCCCUUUCUCUCUCUCUCUCUCUCUCAGUAGCAAACAAUUCAUCCAUCAUCUCCUUCAACUUCAAGCAAUGGCCUCUUCAUCCUCCGUCUUCCGUGCUCUCUUCCUCUUUCUCUGCUGUUCUUUCUUCGUCGACGCGCGAUAUCGUUACUCGGUAUCAUCUAUCAUCUCUGAAGAUCUUUACAAAUCCAUGUUUCUACAUAAAGAUGACAACGCCUGUCCUGCUAAGGGAUUCUACCCUUACUCUGCCUUCAUUGAAGCCGCAUGUCGAUUCCCCAAGUUUGGUACCACUGGAGAUGUAGAUACUCGCAAGCGCGAAGUCGCAGCUUUCCUGGCUCAGAUCUCACAUGAGACUACGGGAGGAUGGGCGACUGCGCCCGACGGGCCCUAUGCGUGGGGAUUGUGCUUCAAGGAAGAGAUAAGCCCCGGGAGCAGCUACUGUGACCCUACCAACACGGAAUGGCCUUGCUACCCUAACAAAUCCUACCAUGGGAGAGGACCUAUGCAACUCUCAUGGAAUUACAAUUACGGCCCAGCAGGUGAGGCCUUGGGCUUUGACGGGCUAAAAGACCCAGAAAUCGUCGUUAACAAUUCCGUUAUCGCCUUUAAAACCGCACUCUGGUUUUGGAUGACGCCAAGAAAACCCAAACCUUCGGCACACAACGUCAUGGUUGGGCGUUACAGGCCCACUAAGGCUGAUCUGCAGGCCAACAGAACGGCUGGGUUUGGGCUGGUGACCAAUAUCGUCAAUGGUGGCCUUGAGUGUGGAAUCCCUAAUGAUGCUCGAGUCAACGAUCGAAUUGGCUUCUUUAAGAGAUAUGCUCGGUUGCUUAACGUGGAUGCUGGGCCUAAUUUGGAUUGUGCGUAUCAACAGCAUUUUUGAUUUGUACGUUAUGUGUUUUGUGUACUUUUUAUUUUCAUUUUUACACUGAGCUUGUUGAUCUUUGAUGUAUUUGAAUUGAUGAUGAAUAAUAAAGAAAAGAUUUGAUUGUAUCUGA